GAUCGCGAAGCAGUUCGAGAGGCCUGUGCUAGGCUGGGGGAUGCGCGGUACAGAUGUCUAGACACUGAGGGCAAAAAACAGGUUCCUUGGGAAGAAUGGCAGAUAACAUAAGGAAGUGGCCUAAGUUGUUGUGGAAGAGGGCAGCAGCCCCUUUAGAACCUGCAAGACCAGGAUUCUGAAGGGACUCUCUGCUAUGGCAGGCAAGCGUGGUCAUCCGGGGGCCCACCAUGCUGGUGACUGCCUACCUGGCUUUUGUGGGCCUCCUGGCCUCUUGCCUGGGGCUGGAGCUGUCAAGAUGCCGGGCUAAGCCCCCUGGAAGGGCCUGCAGCAAUCCCUCCUUCCUUCAAUUUCAGCUGGACUUCUAUCAGGUCUACUUCCUGGCCCUGGCAGCUGACUGGCUCCAGGCCCCCUACCUGUAUAAACUCUAUCAGCAUUACCACUUCCUGGAGGGACAAAUUGCCAUCCUGUAUGUCUGUGGCCUUGCCUCUACAGUUCUCUUCGGCCUGGUAGCCUCCUCCCUUGUGGAUUGGCUGGGUCGCAAGAAGUCUUGUGUCCUCUUCUCUCUCACUUACUCUCUGUGUUGCUUAACCAAACUCUCCCAGGACUACUUUGUGCUGCUGGUGGGCCGAGCACUUGGUGGGCUGUCCACUGCCCUCCUCUUCUCAGCAUUUGAGGCCUGGUACAUCCAUGAACACGUGGAGCGGCAUGAUUUCCCUGCUGAGUGGAUCCCAGCUACCUUUGCUCGAGCUGCCUUCUGGAACCACGUGCUGGCUGUAGUGGCAGGUGUGGCAGCUGAGGCUGUGGCUAGCUGGAUGGGACUCGGGCCUGUAGCACCCUUUGUGGCUGCCAUUCCUCUCCUGGCUCUAGCUGGGGCCUUGGCCCUUCGAAACUGGGGAGAGAACUAUGACCGGCAGCGUGCCUUCUCAAGGACCUGUGCUGGAGGCCUGCGCUGCCUCCUGUCAGACCGCCGUGUGCUGCUGCUGGGCACCAUACAGGCCCUAUUUGAGAGUGUCAUCUUCAUCUUUGUCUUCCUCUGGACACCUGUGCUGGACCCACAUGGAGCCCCAUUGGGCAUUGUCUUUUCCAGUUUCAUGGCAGCUAGUCUGUUGGGUUCUUCCCUGUAUCGGAUUGCUACCUCCAAGAGGUAUCACCUUCAGCCCAUGCAUCUGCUCUCCCUUGCCGUCCUCGUUGUCGUCUUCUCUCUCUUCAUGUUGACUUUCUCCACCAGCCCAGGCCAAGAGAGUCCAGUGGAGUCCUUUAUUGCUUUUCUUCUUAUUGAAUUGGCCUGUGGCCUAUACUUUCCCAGCAUGAGCUUCCUGCGGAGAAAGGUGAUCCCGGAGACAGAGCAAGCUGGUGUACUAAACUGGUUCCGUGUGCCCCUGCACUUACUGGCCUGCCUAGGUCUCCUUGUCCUCCAUGACAGUGAUCGAAAGACAGGCACUCGGAAUAUGUUCAGCAUCUGCUCUGCCGUCAUGGUGAUGGCUCUGCUGGCAGUGGUGGGACUCUUCACUGUGGUAAGGCAUGAUGCUGAGCUGCGGGUGCCCUCACCCACCGGGGAACCCUAUGCCCCUGAGCUCUAGCCUUGUUCUAGGACAAGGGGUCUGGGAUGGAUUCUUUUUUUUUUUUUUUUUUUUUUUUU